AUGAGCAUUGAAUUGGAUAGAGAUAGUAAUGAUGGCCAGCAUAUGCUACAUGACCUGCCACUCCAGCAACGUACCUCGUCUCCCCUCCCCGACGCGCGAGUUAACAGUGACCGCAACACAGCACCGUUGAGGGCCGCUGCACCAAUCGCCAUUAACCCCGUUGCGUUAGUUACGACAGAAUGCAUCGCAGUUACGUCGGCUAUGCGGAAGCAUGCCCGAUGGGCUCACUCGUCCGUGGCAGCAAUCCUGGGCGGAGGUGUGAGCUCACGGGGUUUGGACCGGGAGGCCUCGAUUCCCAUGAACACUGGGAGCAUCUCACUCGGUUCAAAGUCUACCCAAAACUAUGCUGCUUCGAAAUCUGGCGCACCAGACGCGGAAGGGGAAUAUUCACUUGCAGGCAGAUGGGGACUGAGGGGAAGGAGAGGCAAGAGCUUCCAGGAUAAUCCGUUGAUGUCAGCGUUUACUCGUCUCCGGGUAGACUUAAAGGACUGUAAAGAUAUACGCUUGUUCGAUACACCAUGUCUGUUGCAUCCGUUUUUGCAAGUUAUCCGCUCUUCUUCGACCUCGGCGCCGAUAACAUCGCUGGCUCUUUCGGCUAUAACGAAAUUCUUCGCUUACAAUAUCAUCAACCAUGACUCUCCACGCUUGUCAGUGGCACUGCAGUUGCUGUCUGCUGCCAUUACACACUGCCGUUUCGAAGCUAGCGAUUCUGCUGCUGAUGAGAUUGUCCUCCUUCGGAUACUGAAACUUAUGGAAGGGAUGUUGUCCCGACCAGAGGGUGAACUAUUGGGAGACGAGAGUGUGUGUGAGAUGAUGGAAACCGGGCUGAGUAUGUGCUGCCAAGUUCGUUUAUCGGAAGUUCUUCGAAGGUCGGCUGAGAUGUCGAUGAUAAAUAUGUGCCAAAUAAUUUUCCAGAGACUUGCGCGGCUUGAUGUCAACAAUGUGUCACCAGGGGGGGCCGAGAAUGAAAACGUGGAGGAAACCCCAAGUAACCUCAAGAUGGAUCCUUCUGUUGAUGGGGAGACUGUGGCAUCCCAGCAUGCAUCGAGUUUAGGAACUGAUACCACAAACCCCGAAAAGGAAGAGCGUGUUAGCGGAGAUAGCGCGACAAGUAUACCCACCCAGGAAGCAGGAGCAAAUCCUGCAGUGCAGGCAGAUUCAUACGAAAAUAUAGAAAAGGAAAUAGCACCUUAUGGAUUACCCUCAAUCCGCGAGCUGUUCCGCGUGCUUAUUGACUUGUUAGAUCCGCAUAACCCCCAACACACAGACGCAAUGAGGGUAAUGUCUCUCAGGAUUAUAGAUGUGGCCUUGGAAGUCUCAGGACCCUCGAUAGCAAAACAUCCAAGUCUCGCCCAGUUGGCAAAGGAUGAUCUAUGUCGGCACUUAUUCCAAUUGAUUAGGUCAGACAAUAUCGUCAUUUUGAAUAGCUCACUAAGAGUAGCUGGGACAUUGCUUGCAACGUGCCGCCCCGUUUUGAAGCUACAGCAGGAGUUAUUCCUCUCUUAUCUUGUGGCCUGCCUACAUCCGAGGGUUGAGAUACCCAGAGAAGAAGGUAUAGAUCCAUCUCUUUACGCCGGAGUUCCACGAGCUCCUAAAUUGGUGAAGCCCUCACCUUCGCAGGCCGGAAGUGGCAGAUCUACGCCUGUUCCAGUUAAGGAUCGCCAGAAGCUUGGCAUGGAAGGGGGCUCUAGAAAGCCAGAAGCUAGAGAAGCGAUGGUUGAGAGCAUCGGAGCUCUCGUUAGAAUCCCGAAUUUCAUGGCCGAGCUUUUCAUGAACUAUGACUGUGAUGUUGAUCAAGCGGAUCUUUGUGAAGAUAUGGUUGGUUUAUUAUCCCGAAAUGCAUUUCCAGACUCUGCAACUUGGAGCACUACCAAUGUUCCCCCUCUCUGUCUUGAUGCGCUUCUAGGAUAUGUCCAAUUUCUGGCGGACAGGCUGGAUGAGGAACCACCAAGCGCCGACCAUCCCGACCUGAAGCGGUUACGAAGUCAACGCGAGAAAAAGAAAAUCAUCAUUCAGGGAACUGCAAAGUUUAAUGAAAAGCCCAAGGCAGGCAUCGCAUUCCUUGCUUCUAAAGGCAUAAUACAAAAUCCUGAUGACCCCUUGGCUGUUGCCAAGUUCUUGAAAGGAACCACAAGGGUGUCUAAAAGAGAACUCGGUGACUAUCUGUCCCACAGAUCUAAUGAAGCAUUGCUAGAUGCUUUCAUUGGGUUGCAGGAUUUUAAGGGAAAGAAUGUCGUCGAAGCUUUGAGAGAGCUGCUAGGGUCUUUACGUUUGCCUGGUGAAGCUCCGCUGAUAGCGAGGAUCGUUACUGUUUUCUCAGAGAAAUAUCUUGACGCUGUUCAUCCUAAAGAGAUUGCGGAUAAGGACUCACUCUUUGUCUUGACAUAUGCCAUCAUUCUCCUCAAUACCGAUAUGUACAACCCGAAUAUCAAGCCUCAAAAUAAGAUGACAUAUGAGGGGUUCACGAGAAACCUUCGUGGUGUCAAUAACGGAAAGGACUUUUCAACUGAGUACCUUCAGGAUAUCUACUCGUCUAUCCGGAACAGUGAGAUUAUUUUACCGGAUGAACAUGAGAAUAAACAGGCUUUUGACUUUGCUUGGAAAGAGCUUCUUCUCAAAGCAAAGACGGCAGGGAAUUUGUCACUUUGCGAAACGAACGCUUUCGAUGCCGACAUGUUUGAAGCAACGUGGCAACCAGUCAUUGCGACUCUCUCCUACGUUUUCAUGUCAGCAUCGGAUGAUGCCGUUUUCUCAAGGGUGGUCAUUGGCUUCGAUCAAUGCGCUCAGAUUGCGGCGAAAUAUAAGCUGAAAAACGUCAUGGAUCGCAUCAUCUAUUGUCUUAGUUCCAUCAGCACAUUGGCUUCAGAAACCCCUUCAAAUACUACCCUCAACACUGAGAUACAAGCUGGAAAGAAAAGUGUUAUGGUGAGCGAGCUUGCUGUCCGGCUGGGCAGGGACUUUAGAGCGCAGCUUGCAACUGCAGUCCUAUUCCGUGUUAUUGUCGGCAAUGAAGCUAUAAUACAACAGAACGGAUGGGACCACAUCAUCAAAAUUCUUCACAAUCUAUUCAUUAACUCUCUUAUCCCCCAGUUCGAUUCCUUUUUCAAAGUACUUGAUAUGCCCCCUAUACCCCUUCAACCACCGUCCCAGGUUAUCGAUCGAGAUAACCGAGAAAACGAUACCAGUUUACUCUCUGCAUUCACGUCCUAUCUCUCAAGUUACGCUGCCGAUGACCCGCCAGAGCCGUCCGACGAAGAACUUGAGAACACGCUGUGCACCGUUGACUGCAUUAAUGCGUGCGAUAUAGCGCAACUUUUCACCAAUCUGAAGAAUAUGCCACUCGACACUGUGGUGAUAUUUGUUGAAUCUUUGCUGUCCAAGCUUCCAGACACUGGCGCCGCAGUCAUUGUUGUAAAACCCGAACGCCCCGCACCGAGCCCUCAUAGGUCGGAGGGUAGUAAGGUUGACAAGAAUAAACCCGCGUACAAGCCUGGGGUUUUAUACAUUCUCGAACUUGCAACUAUUCUUACCCUUCGAGAUAAGGGUACAAUAGAACAUCUUGGGGACAAAUUGACCAGUGUUCUCCAGGACAUAGCAAGGGAUGCCAAAAACAUAUACCCACUUACUCUAUCUCGGGCUGUUUAUUACCUUUUAACUCUCCUCCGCCACAGCUAUGAACAAUCUUUCAUGCGGCCUCCAGUAGUGUUGCAUAUAAUUUCCAGCUUUGACCAACCUAUUCUAGAACUAGUAGCAACACCAGUUGUCACGGGCUUACUGCAGUGCAUCAACGAAUCUGAGGCACUGAAAAAUGAGCUUAGCAUGUCGCCAGAUUUUUGGUCUAUCCUGCAGAGGUUACACCAACAUCAAGAGGCGGCGCAAAUGACUUUCGAGUUACUGCAGAGCAUUGUUGAAUCAACUGUCCCGGUGAUCACAGCAGACAAUUACGAAGCUGCGGUAAAUCUCCUUAAUGAUUUUGCAACAGCUGGGGGGAUUGCUACGGUGAGGGAGAUAAAGCGGGAGAUGGCUCUCCGUCGACCUAAGCCAGUGAGACAAGUGAGGGUUCGGGAUAAUCCAUAUGUUAUCCGUGGAACUAAAGCUAUCGGGGUGAUAUACCGAAUUACGAGCCGGAUACCCGCACUUAUUCAACAGUCUCACCUGGAGAAAACUGAAGCGUGGGCGGCAUAUUGGUCCCCAAUAUUCAAUGCACUCACAACCCAAGGCCUCAAUCCAUGCCGCGAUAUUCGCAAUCAAACCAUGUCUGCACUUCAACGAUCCCUGUUGUCUUCGGAGCUUGCGUCGACAGACCAUACCAAAUGGGUUACAAUUUUCAAGAAAGUGCUGUUCCCACUGAUCUUAGAGCUACUCAAACCAGAGGUCUACCAAUCCGACCCCUUAGGUAUGAGCGAGACGCGAGUUCAGGCCGCCACACUUCUCUGCAAAAUAUUCCUACAUUACCUCGUCCUCCUCUCCGAAUGGGGGGAGGGCAUGCUGGACCUGUGGCUGAGAAUUCUGGAUAUCUUGGAUCGAAUGAUGAAUAGCGGGCAAGGAGAUAGCCUUGAAGAGGCAGUGCCUGAGAGCCUAAAAAACAUUCUCUUAGUAAUGGCAAAUGGAGGAUAUUUGGUCGCACCACCGACUAAAGACCCUGAAAAGGCGAAGAUAUGGACCGAAACGCAAAAGCGGCUUGACCGUUUCCUCCCCAACCUCUUUGGAGAGAUAUUUCCCACCACCCCUGCAGACGCAUCUCCUUCCAGACAUGGGGCCAGUGGCACAAUGCGGCCCGAGGCGAAACAGCGAAGUGAUCCAAAUUCCGUUGGUAGCAAAGGCCAGAGUAUUGAUGUGCCAAAGGAGGCAGGCAGCAAUGCAGACACAGAAGUGGGACAGACUAAGCCCGCAGCAGCUGAACCUGACGAUGAGGUGGAGUAA